GCCGUUUUGUCUUCGUUUUCCGAAAAACUUUCUACAUUUAUUCGGGGCCAAAUCUUUCACAAGCGUAGGUUCAGGAGGAAAGCCAUGUGAACGAAGGGCUGAAGUCCCAGAAAAAAGAUGAAUUCUGAAAGCUCAGCGCUUACUGUGAGUAGCCCUGCAGUAAUAAACCAAUGUGCCAGAGAAGGAAUGGAAGAAGGAAAAGUUUGGCCAAAACAACAGCAACAGAACAAUUUUUCCUUGUUUCCUUCUACUAAGGGCUGGAAUUUCAGAGGGAAAAAACGAAAACAGAGUACUCAGGAUGAAGAUACAAUCAGUAUCUGCAGCCUGGAUACAAGUGAGCCGAGUACGAAACGGGUCAAGCCUCUUUCUAGAGUUACAUCACUAGCAAGCCUAAUUCCUCCUGUACGGGCCACUCCAUUGAAGCGGUUCAGCCAGACACUUCAGCGCUCCAUCAGUUUCCGUAGUGACAGUCGCCCAGAUCUGUUCAGUCCGCGACCGUGGUCUCGAAAUAUGCCUCCCGCUAACACAAAGCGAAGAGAUAGCAAACUGUGGAGUGAGACCUUCGAUGUUUGUGUAAAUCACAUGCUUACAUCUAAAGAAAUCAAGCGUCAAGAGGCUAUCUUUGAACUUUCUCAGGGAGAAGAAGACUUGAUAGAAGAUCUGAAGUUAGCAAAAAAGGCAUAUCAUGACCCUAUGCUUAAACUUUCCAUAAUGACAGAGCAAGAGUUGAACCAAAUUUUUGGAACAUUGGACUCUUUAAUUCCUCUACAUGAAGAUCUUUUAAGGCGGCUUCAAGAAGUCAGGAAGUCUGAUGGAUCAACAGAACAUGUUGGCCACAUCCUUGUGGGCUGGCUUCCUUGCCUAAACUCCUACGAUAGCUACUGCAGCAAUCAAGUAGCAGCCAAAGCUUUAUUGGAUCACAAGAAACAAGAUCACAGAGUGCAAGAUUUCCUACAGCGCUGCUUAGAGUCUCCAUUUAGUCGCAAGCUGGACCUUUGGAAUUUCCUUGACAUCCCAAGAAGCCGUUUGGUUAAAUACCCAUUACUACUCAGAGAGAUUCUGAGACAUACCCCAAACGAUCACCCAGAUCAACAGCACCUUGAAGAAGCUAUAAAUAUAAUUCAGGGUAUAGUGGCUGAAAUCAACAUAAAGACCGGUGAAUCUGAAUGCCAAUAUUACAAAGAAAGACUUAUUUAUCUUGAAGAAGGCCAAAGAGACUCAUUGAUUGAUAAUUCACGUGUUGUGUGCUGCCAUGGUGAACUGAAGAAUAACAGGGGAGUGAAACUGCAUGUCUUCCUCUUUCAAGAAGUGUUAGUGAUUACUCGAGCUAUCACCCAUAAUGAACAGCUCUGCUACCAGCUAUACCGGCAGCCAAUUCCAGUGAGGGAUCUUGUGCUAGAAGACUUGCAAGAUGGAGAGAUGCGAGUGGGUGGAUCCAUACGUGGUGCAUUUAGCAACAAUGAGAGAAUCAAAAACUUCUUUAGAGUCAGCUUCAAAAGUGGAUCUCAAAGCCAGUCUCACUCACUACAAGCCAAUGACUCCUUCAACAAGCAGCAGUGGCUUAACUGUAUCCGUCAGGCCAAAGAAAAGAUUACGUGUGCAGGAAAAGCCAGAGUGCUGAACUCAGAAGCACAUUUUCUUUUGUCACCAAGUGGAAGCAGAGUAUCACAGGGAGAAACCACCCUUGAGCAAAUGGACCAAUCAGACGGCGAGUCAGACUGUAGUAUGGACACGAGCGAGAUCAACAUUGACUGUGAACGCAUGGAGCAGACAAACUCUUGUGAAAGUGAAAAACAAAUAGAAACUGAUGUUUGACAAAAAUUAAGGUUCAUGGAAGAAAACGUGCAUCUUACCUGUACAGUAUUUGCAUUCCAUACAUGGAACCCUUUGGAGAAGCACUUUUAAAAUACUUUUUUGUGACAGUGUCAACGCAGUCCUCCUUGUAUUUGUACCUAUGAGUGUAGUACUGUAAAUGCCAAUCUGUGUAAGCUGGAAUCUCUUGCAACUCAUAUCCUGUGAUUAUAUUCCAUAAACAUCUAAGAUGGAUGAAAGAGGUACUUGACCAGUUAUUCUCAAAGUCCUGCUGUAAACAGAAUCUCUAAACUACUGUUUAUAUGUGCAUUACAUAAAAAAAAAAAAUCUUUUUAUAGUUUGUAAAGUGCUUUAUUUGCCCUUUAAUGUGGCAGCUGACAACAUGGACUUAAUACGGGGUUUCAGGAUGGAUAUCAAAAUCAUAAGUUUUCACAAAGGUCUAUAAAGAAAAGAUAGUUUCUUGACAGGGAAGAAAAACGUCUUUCAGUAACCUAUAUACCUCUUGUGGUAUUACAUGAACAAGAAAUAUAGAUGGCGAGCCAUGUAACCAGUGACUCUUUAGGGCUUCAUUUUUCAAAAUGAAGAACUUGCACCAAAAUCCAGCAACCAACAUUAAAAUCUGAUCAGUUAAAAGUAGUCAGCAUGGUGCAAUAAUUUACACAUCAAAGCAUGUAAUGCUAAAAAUAAUCAACUGAAAAAAAAACCACACAGCCAGCACCAAAUUAAAUGCUGGGAAUACUGGGUAUUUAAGUUGCUAGCUUUCUUUCAGUGCCAUAUAUAGCUCUACUAUCCCAAACAGGACAAGAGCUGAGAAAGUUUUUUCUUGUGAAUAUGCCCUCUUCAGCAUUUUGCACUCUGCUGACCUCCACUGUUGGUUUUAAACACUGCUAAAGUAAUGUUAAAACAUUUAAGUUUCUGUAAAUGUCUGUUUACAGUUACAUGCAGUUGGGUUUAAAACUAAAUGACAGUUUUAUAUAAAUGGUGCUCUACAAGUAUCCUAUGGGAUUAGGUAGAGAAAGUUUCAACAAAAAGGGAAUUGAUUUUCCUAUAGGAUAUAUUACAUCCCUUAUAUUUUUGUCAAGUUUUGUCUUAAAAGUUUUUGUUGUAUUUAAUCUUGUGUAAUUGGCAAUGUCACUGUAUUUUCCAGUGGCUGAUUUAAUCUACUCAUGAUGAGAAGCAAAUGAGUUGCUUAAAAAUGCAGCCUAAAACACUCAGUUUGAUAUCCUGUCACUUUUCAGGAAUCCCUUCCUAAUAUUUUAUUUCUUCAUAUAAGAAAUAAUACCAGUCGGCUGAAUGGUAGUAUGGCAAGCUAUGAAACUGAUAUACUAAUAAAUUUAAAUGAUGCUUGAUAUCAAACAGGAUGACCUGUGCAAAGUACUUGUAACAACACAAGUAGUAAAACUGCUAAGUUACUGCCAAAAACAUUUAUUUCUCGUGUUCCACACGUUUACAGAAAAUAGUAAAUGUCAAGUAUCUUACAUAUAUAUAUUCUGAUGUGCAUUACAGAAAUCAGUGUGACAGCAUGGUAAACAGUAUAAAACAAGUUAUAUUUCUUUAUUUUUCAAAAAAUAUUGUAUGUUUUACCCUAUAGAAAAUAUUUCUGUAUUUAUAGUUUUUCAGAAAAGGUAAUUUUUUUUUCUGUUUCAGGCUUUGUAAUUUAUUUCAACUGCUUCAUUUUUAGAGCUGAAUGAGUGUGCCAGUGAAGACAAGAGAAAAGAAAAUUGUACAGAAGAAAAGGCGUAGGAAAGCGUUAUUAGGUGAUGAACUGUUUUCAUAAAACUUACUCAGCAAUAUAUUUAAAAAGAGAAAAAGGCAUGUAAAAUGUUCGGCUAGGGAAGAAAAGAAAGAAUGUAUGUAUUGUGUUUUUGUUUGUUUUUGUUUUUUUUUUUUUUUUUUUUUUUUUUAAUAAUAGCCUUAAACUUUUCUGGAAGCAUUUUAAAUAAAUCAGAUAAAACUUUUGAA